UUGCAGCCACGUUCCAUCCGAAAAUCGGUCGAGCGAUCGGCGACCUAUUUGAUAUACCCCAAAAAUGAGCUCGGCGAUCGUUGGAGCCGCCUCGGCCAUCGGGGGAGCGGUGACGGCGGCCACCAGCAACAGUUGGUUCAUCCCCAUGCUGAUGGCAGCGGUGGCCUAUUUCCAGUACGAGGAGAUCAUCGAUCCGGAGUCCAAGCCCAGCGAUAUCGGCGGCGAGGAUAUCCUCGAUCACUAUGACUUCAUAGUGAUAGGCGCCGGUUCGGCGGGUGCGGUGGUGGCGAAUCGACUGACGGAGGUCGAGAACUGGAACGUCCUGCUGCUGGAGGCCGGCGGCGAUGAGACGGAACUCACGGACGUGCCCCUCAUGGCUGGCUACCUGCAGCUCUCCAAGAUCGACUGGCAGUACAAGACGGAACCGUCGGGCACCUCGUGUUUGGCCAUGCAGGGAGGUCGUUGCAAUUGGCCCCGUGGCAAAGUGCUCGGCGGAUCGUCGGUUCUGAACUACAUGCUCUAUUUGCGGGGCUCGAAGCACGACUACGACAACUGGGAGGCUUUGGGCAAUCCCAGUUGGUCCUACCGCGAUGCCCUGUACUACUUCAAGAAGUCGGAGGACAACACCAAUCAGUAUCUGGCCAAUACGCCCUAUCAUGCCACCGGCGGUUAUUUGACGGUGGGCGAGGCUCCGUAUCACACUCCCUUGGCGGCCAGCUUCGUGGAGGCGGGCGUGGAGAUGGGCUACGAGAAUAGGGAUCUGAAUGGCGAGAAGAUGACCGGUUUUAUGAUAGCCCAGGGAACGACGAGGCGUGGAUCAAGGUGCUCCACCUCGAAGGCCUUUUUGAGGCCCGCUCGCCUGCGUUCCAAUCUGCACAUCUCGAUGAACUCGCAUGUCACGCGCAUUAUGAUCGACCCUGUGACGAAGCUGGCCUUCGGCGUGGAGUUUGUCAAGGACCAGAAGCUCUACCAUGUGCGUGCCACCAAGGAGGUGGUUUUAUCCGGUGGUUCGGUCAACAGUCCCCAGCUGCUGAUGCUCAGUGGCGUGGGUCCGCGCAAGGAGCUGGCCAAGCAUCGGAUACCGCUGAUCAAGGAGCUGAGUGUGGGCGAGAACCUGCAGGAUCACAUCGGACUGGGCGGUUUGACCUUCCUCGUGAAUCAGCCCGUUUCCAUAGUGGAGAACCGAUUCCACACCAUGUCAACGGUGCUGCAGUACGCCGUCUUCGGCCAGGGACCCCUGACCAUUCUGGGCGGCGUCGAGGGACUGGCCUAUGUGAACACCAAGUAUGCGAACAGCUCGCUGGACUGGCCGGACAUAGAGUUCCAUUUCGUCUCGGGUUCCACGAAUUCCGAUGGAGGAUCCCAGCUGCGCAAGGCCCAUGGGCUAACGGAGGCUUUCUACCGGGCGGUCUUUGAGCCCAUCAACAAUCGAGAUGCCUGGAGCAUCAUACCCAUGCUGCUGAGACCGCGCAGCGUGGGAAACAUUCGGCUAAGGAGCGGCAAUCCCUUCGAUUAUCCGUAUAUAUUCCCCAACUACCUGACCGAUGACCUGGACAUGAAGACCCUGAUCGAGGGCGUCAAGAUAGCGGUGGCCCUGUCGCGAACCAAGGCGAUGCAGCGUUUUGGUUCUCGGAUCUCGAGCAUUCGAUGGCCCGGAUGCGAGCAGGUGCCCCUCUUCACCGACGCCUUCUGGGAGUGCAUGGUGAGGCGGUACACGUCCACCAUCUACCAUCCGGUGGGCACCUGCAAGAUGGGUCCCUACUGGGACAAGGACGCCGUUGUGGACGCCAAACUGAGGGUCUACGGGAUCCGAGGGCUGCGCGUCAUCGAUGCCAGUAUUAUGCCCAAACUGGUCUCGGCCAACACGAAUGCGCCGGUCAUCAUGAUCGCCGAGAAGGGCAGCGACAUGAUCAAGGAGUUCUGGAUCAAGAACACCAUCGUAUGAUUAUGAUUAUGAUUCUGAGAAGGAGGAAGUUCUGGUUUCCACGAGCUGAUUUCUCAAUGGAACUUUAAUAAGGUUUCUAAAAAUCAGUUCUUGGAAACCCGGCUUUAUCCAUUGAAUGCCUGAGUAUGCGUCUGACUAUCGUGAGUGUUUAAGUGUCUGAACUGAGUGUGUGAAUGCCUGAGUGAGUGUCUUAGAAAUAGAGCUGAUUGAACGACCCAUCAAAAAUUAAUUAUACCGAACUUAACUCGUCCCACUUUUUUUUUUAGAAGUAUUUUUAUAAGCA